UGUUUUUUCUUUUUUUUUUUUCUUUUUUUUUUUUCGUGUAGAGUUCUAAAAAUAUCAUUCAUUGCUUGCUUUUGUAAUUUGAUUUUAAAUUUCCUAUAUUACAAUUGUACUGGAGAUAGCAUUUUUUUUUUUAACUACCAUAGUGUCGGCAUUUUUUUUUGUUAGAGAGCCUGAUCCGGAAUACAUAUAAUUUUCUUUUAUCCUUUAUAAAAUGAUAUAUUUGGCUAUAAAUAUCUCUACUAAUAUAACCUUGUCUAUAUCACAAUUUUUAAAUGUUGAUCUUAAGUUAUUUUUCCCUUUUAUAUGUUGAAGAUACAAGAUUUCGUUUCUUUUCUUUCUCUCUCUCUACCCUUCUUUUUUCCACUUUCCACCUGUAAUGGUCUAUUUAUAGACCAUCACCCUUAUUGUAGUUAACCAAUUACAUUGGGCAUAUAUUCGAAAGCUUUCUUCCUUCUGGGUUUGGUCUUCCAAUGGGCUUGACCUUCCUCGGUGGAUCCCCCAGGUUCGACCCAUUCCAGGGCGCUUUGGCAUGGAUCUUACUUCAAUCAUUCGACCCAAUCUCGUUCCCGCGAACCAUAUCCGGCCCAUGCCACUUGCCGCAUCCUCAACUGCCCCCAUAAUUACCCCUUAUUGAUUAGGUGGUAAUUAUUAAAGGCUGCUAAUGAUGACCUGACGGCUCGAGGAGAUCGUGUGGGAGAAUGGACAGUUAGAUCUAGGGGUCGGCGUUUCGAGAUUCAAAAAGACAACCCAUCGCUUUCCUGACUCCUCGGCUCUUGGGCUAUCCUCGUCUUUAUAAGCUCCAUUGAUUCUCCAUCGAUCCUUUUUACCGUCUCCAUCUCACCUUUUGCUGUUUGAAUCCUCUCCGGCGAUCUCUUGCGAAAGAUCUUCCUUUCAGUGGCUUUGCAAUACUCUCUGCCGUUUUCACUCUCUAAGGUUAGUUUCAUUUGCAUUUUUCUUUUGGAAGACUUCUUUCUCCUCCCCGGAAUCCUCAUUCACUCUUACCAUGACAGUAGAUCAAGACGUUCUUCGCAUGAAACUUCACCUUCCUGACGAUGUAGAAAUUAGAAACUGCCCCUGAGAAGUGAAUAUUAGAACCGGUGCUGGCCUUCUUCCCAGCAAGGUCCUAUUUUCACUCCUCCAUCUCAAUCUCUUUAGAUUUCCUUUACAUUCUUUCUUUUGCUAUGUUUUUAACAAGCUAAAUCUCUCCCCUUUACAAGUAAACCCCAAUUUCCUAGGAUUUUAUCCGUUAUGCUACUCCUGAUUCGUGACAGAGGUCUGGAUCUGGACCUCGUAGAUCUUUUCCUCUGUUACAAAGUCAGCAAGAUCAGAACUGACGAACCGUUUUACCACCUUUUCCCCAUUGAGAAGAGGUCCAUCUGCACGGAUAAAAUCAAAUCCGAGAAGGGUUGGAGGAAAAACAUUAUUGGGGUUAGGGGGGCCUGGUUCUCUCCAGCUGCAGAGGAUUUCCCUAUCCCGAGCGCUUUCGGAGAGUGCUCUGUCUCGUUUUACAAGAAAUAUAAAAACCAUAAGAGUGACUGUCCUUGCGAGAUUUGCACUCCUCGUUUUUGUACUUUCUUGUGCCAUUUCUUAGGCAUUCCUUGUGAUGACUUGAGUUACAGUGUGUGCAGGGAUAGGGAUAACUACUUGAAGCGGUACGUUCUGACCAACGUUCCCUCUUGCUCGGACCUUCUCACCUCAGAUAAUCUCCUUGAUAUCUCAGUCCUCGGCAAGACAAUGAGCCAACUCCAGAUCCCUUCCUUCGGCAGGAAGAAAACUGCCCCCAGGCCCGCUACCACCCCUGCAUCAAAUUCCUCCCCGGCUUCAGCAUCUUCCUCCGCUACCCUUUCUGAUACCACUCCUGUGAUACCCCUCGGAUCCGAGACACGGGUUGAUUAGGCCCAGGCCCAAAUCCGAGAGAUAUCAAACAAUUAAUAUAUUAAAACGAACACGGAAUACAAAAGUGAUUAAAGAGAAAAAAUUUAAGCUGAAAGAAACUAAAAUAAAUCCUCAAAUAUAAAUAUUUAAACCUUGACAAUCCAAACUCCAUAAGUUUAACAACUCGGGAAUCCAUCUCUAGUGGACCCCUAAUAAAAUCCCAAACUGCAUGGAAGAAAACUGAAGAUAAAAUCCAAAUCUAAUAUCUGGAAAGAAGUCCUACGUUGUCGGUAGAAUAGAAGUCUGUAUCUGCUCUGCACGAUCAAACUCUAACCCUGGAACUGACGAGUACCUGAAAAAUAUAUGGGUGGGUCAGGCCCACAUGCAAAUCCUGAUCUACGACAAUCCAAACAGAAAUCCGAUACGCAGAUACAUACUAGAAAGAAUCAACAAUAUCUAGAAUAGUCCAUAUAUGUAUAAGUACACACUAUAGGACGCUCACUAGUCCAAAAAGGUCUGUCUCAGCCUGAAUAGAGAUACCAUGCAAAUCGCACAUACUGUGGUCAUGUGUAUCUAGACCUACUAGGGAACAACACCUCUGUCCAGCUAUCCAUCCUAGGCAAUAUACGCACCCCAACCAUGGUCCUGAGACUCAAGCUCAUACCAUGGUACAUAUAAUAAAUAUAUAAAGUCCGUGUCCUUCUAUUACAAAAUAUCAACCAUCUGAAAAGUGGUUUGAUAAAUGUAAAGCAAAUCCAUCCUGAAAACCAUAUUAAGUCAUUCAAUUAUUUGAUGAUAUGACACAAGUAGGUGAUGGACUUAACUCAUAGGGUUAAUCCAUACCUUAAUCCAAAUUAGGUAGGAUUUAGUGUUUGACUAAUCCAUACCUAGUAUGUCACCGUCCCAUACCGGUACAUACAAAUUCUCCAUAUAGCAUAGUUAUUAAAACAAUACUAUAUAAUCAACAACCAUCCUCCAGUAUAUGCAUUGGUAUAAAUUCAUACAUAUAUCAAUAUUAGGUAUUCACUACAGAAUCUAAAUAUCAUGCUCCAAUCAUUUAAACAGCUAGAAUAAGACAUAGCAUUUGAAUCCUCCAAAACAGCCAAUAAAUUGAUACAUAUUAAACAAGUUAAAUGUCAAUUUAAAUUCAACUAAGUAUAAAUAAAUAUAAUUAAUUUACCCUACUUAUAACACAGUAACAAUAUAGGGUUAUAUAUAAUUGAAUUAUAUAUAAAAACUUUGCCAAGUUCCAGUUAUAUAAUCCUAGCAAAAACAGUGCAACGUAUAGCCAUUAUUUGAUCUGUUCAUUGCUCUUACCCUUAAACCAUUAUGGUAUUAAAUGUUUUCAACACUUAUUUAAGUCCCUAACAUUUAAUUACAUCCCACAAUAUCAUUUAAACAGCCUUAGAAAACACUGUACAGCCAAACAGCCCCUAUAACUCGUUUCUGGGCAAUUCAAGAAAGAGCAGGCUCAAUUAAAACAUUGAGCCUGCUCUAAAUUUAGGUUAGAACCGGCUCCUUCAGCAUUGAGCCGGCUCCAUCUUCCUAAUAGAGCCGGCUCCAUCCUCUUUGAGCCGGCUCUAAGGUGAUUUUAGAGCCUGCUCCUUCUCCGUUGCAGUCUACGUCCGUUCUAGCUUCAUCUUCUUCAACUCCGGUGAUUACAGAGCCUCUGUGGUGUGUUCUAAUUCUUAUUCUAGGUUCAACCUUAGUCCUAAAUAAGUUUAAGCCACUGAGUUCUAAUCCUAACAUGUGUAGGAACACAAGUUUCAAAGCCCCGUUUACAGAACCUCUGUUAGCAAAUCCUAAGCAAGUUGCAACAGAUUUAAUUCAGACAAAUUUGGUGCAAUUAAAUUCUAUUUUAAACACUUGUUUUGGAGUUCAAAUUCAGUCGUAGAUUAGUUAACAAACAAUGAUAUACAAUCAAAACUUAAAUUGAAACACAAGUUGAUUCACAGCGGCAGCAAGGUUACAAGUUAAUUUUCCUAAAGCAACCAAGAACAGAUUAAUACCAUCAAUUUAAUUACUGAUUAAACAUGCAUAAUAGAUAUAAUUAAGCCUUAGUAUAAUCCCUGGAGUCUUCCUAGUCAUGCACAGAACACGAAUUAACGGGAGAGAGAAGAACAGAACUUGCCUUGAGACUUUGGUUUAAAAACCCCCAACUGUUGUCUCUAUCUUCUUUGGCUACCUUGGUUGUAUCAAACAGCCUCUGCUGCUCCUAAUUCAGUCCCGAACUCCUCCUUGAAUCACUCAAGUUCACUAUGUAUUUCCUCUCAAUCUUUCUCUCUAUUUUCUCUCUAUCACACUGUAUACGUGAUUAUGGUGAAUAUGGUUUUUAUUUGUAACCCUAAAUCAAUGUAUAAACAAUAUAUAUAUAGACUCUACAGAAACCCUAAGUCCAUACAGAUAUCACUCGGCCCAUAGGUAAUCCUAGGUUAUAACAAUGUCGGCUAUGAUAAAACCUAAAACCCUAAGUUACAAUUAAUGCAUUUAAAACACAUUAAACCAAUUAACAUAAAUAAAUAAAUAAACAAUUAAAACAAUCAAAUUAAAACUAAAAAUAAAACAUUUAAUUCAAAUAAAAUCAACUAAUAACAAUUAAAUUAAACAAUAUCAAGUAGUUCAAAUAAGUUCAGAUAAAAUCAAAUAACACACCAAUUAAUACACCAAUUAAUGAAAAUACACACUUAAACAAUUUAAAAAUGCAAUAAAAUAAUUAAUAAAAAUAUCAGAAUUAUCCUUUUGAAUUUAGGGGUAUUACAACUCCUUCCACCGAUCCAUCCGUGACGGCUGCUGACCCGGUCGCUAACACGGCGACUGCCAGUCCGAACGUUACCCCCUCUGUCAACAAUCCUCCUGGUUCUACCACUGCUUCCGCACGGGAGAAGGCCAGAGGAAAAAGACAUCAACCUGACAGUGCCCUCAACAUGGAUGACGUUCCCUUGUCUCAGAGGGUUAGGCCCUCUGGGCCGAAUGUGGUAUCCCUGGCGAGACCUCCUCAAGCUAGGCCCCCCACCCCUUCUGGGCAUGCCUCCGCUUCAGGAACGGCGCCAUGGAGCCCUCGCUUCAUUCGAACAGACGGAUCGUCUGUGAAACCGACCGAGACUAUGUUCAAAGAUGGUAAGACCGCAAUGGCUUACUACAGGAGUAUGUGGACUCCCAAGGACAUCGAGGUAGCCAAAAGUCUGUCUCAGAGGGAGGUGUUCAGCCGAUUUCCUUUGUCCGCCAUGGAGUUGUCCUGUAUAUCUCUACACACCUUAUACGGGAUGAUGGCUAUGCAGAAACAAGUUGAGCAUGUGAAUGCCAAGGUCCGCGCGCUUUCUGACAGCCUUAAUGCAGCGAACAAGGAGAACGACGAUUUAGCUGCUCAGAAGACCGGGUUGAUGGUUCAGCUUGGUAAAAUUGAAAAAGAGAGGGAUUCGCUGAGGAAGGAAACUGACUCUCUUCAGGAUGAGAGGAAUGCUCUGCAGCUUGAAAGGAGCGUCUGGCAUACCGAGCGGGAAUCCCUUAAGGCCGAGAAGGAAGAACUGCUACGCCUUCUGAGUGAUGAGCAAUCCGCUCGGAUGGCCUUUGAGAAAAAGGCCUUGGACAAGCGCAACACUUUACUUGAUACCAUCAGCAGGGUAAAUGGUGGUAUGCUAGCUCUGCAUGCUCGGUUCUCUAGAGUUGGAGCCCUCAGAUAUGCUCAGGGGUUCCGAGAGGGUUACGCCGAUCGCGUCCCGGAUGAGGGUCAGACUGGCUCUACCCAUGAUGAUGUAGAUAAAGACCUGGAUAUUGACCCUCCUGGUGUUUAUACCGAUCCAGACUCCACCGCUGCCGAGGGCAUAUUCGAUAAAUGUCAGGAGAUUGCGUCUUCUCGGAUCACUCAUACUCCUCCUGCUGCUCUGACUUUGGACAUUCUUCCUCUGUCCACUUUGACUCCGUCUGCUGUCACUGCUGAAGAUAACCCUCAGUAGAAUGAAUCUUCCAACGCUGUUGAGGGUAGGACUCAACAGAACGAUUCUAUCAUUCACCUCGACUCUCCACCUCGUGAAGACGGCGACACCACCAAUAAUGAGGAGGUAGCCCAACAUCAUCAAGAGGCCGACGAGGCAAACGCCUCUUAGUUAGAACUUUUUUUUUUUUAAAAUGUACUGACUUUGGUAUAUUUGCCAUCUUUACACCUCAUUUUUUGUAACCCUCUGAACCUUAUUAAUGAGAUGGCCGACUUUUGGUCAAACUUUUUA